AUCUGCUCCCGGGUCCCCUCUGGGUCCCGCCACAGUUGGGAAGAGGGACCCAGCGCCCCGCCCCUGAGGCCCCGCCCUGUCCCGUCCCAGCUUUACCAGCCAGAGGUCUCGGGGGCCCGUAGGCCGCCGGCCGGUCUGGGCCCCCGCGAUGUCGCAUGGAUCGGGGCUCAUCCGGACCACGUGCAGCAGCGGCGGCGCGCCGGGGCCAGGCCAGCCCUCGGAGGGACUGCUGGACCGGGUGUACCCGCGCACCCAGGGUGCCUUGCUCAAAGUGGCACAGAUGGUCACCCUGCUGAUCGCCUUCAUCUGUGUGCGAAGCUCCUCCUCUUGGAUCGACUAUGGCACCUACAGCUUCUUUGAAGUCGUCACCAUCUGUGACCUGAUAAUGAUUCUCGUCUUUUACCUGGUCCACCUCUUCCGCUUCUACCGUGUGCUUACCUGCAUCAGCUGGCCCCUGUCGGAGCUCCUGCACUAUGUCAUCGGCACCCUGCUUCUUCUCAUCGCCUCCAUCGUGGCAGCCUCCAAGAGCUACAACCAGAGUGGCCUGGUAGCGGGAGCGAUCUUUGGGUUCCUGGCCAGCUUCCUCUGCCUGGCGAGCUUGUGGCUGUCGUACAAGAUCACCUGCAUAACCCAGUCAACAGAUGCAUCUGCCUGACAAGGCCAUCACCUCUGGUCCCCUCAAAAGGACCUGCAGGAUGUAGGCUCACCCCAGGAGGAACCCAGGCAUGGCUACGGACUGCUCAGAUGACAAGGCCAGUACCUUCCCUGGCUUUGCCAGGACACUGGGCUCCUGAGCAUCAAGCAGCUACAGCCUCCUUCGAGUCUGCCACAGAGAACAUUUCUCCACUCUGGGCUCUCAGCACCACUCAGGUACCAAGGAAGGACUGCACUGAGCC